AUGGGCAAGGCUGUCAAAGUUGCUGCCAUUCAGGCUGAGCCUGCCUGGAAUGAUCUCCAGGGUGGUGUUACCAAAUCCAUCUCACUCAUUCAAGAAGCUGCCAAGAACGGUGCAAAUGUCGUCGGAUUCCCAGAAGUGUUCAUCCCCGGUUACCCCUGGAGCAUUUGGGCCAAGUCUCCAACAGAGAAUACCGAGUUCAUGAACGAGUACUUCCACAACUCGCUGCAGAGGGAGUCUGAAGAGAUGGACCGAAUCCGAGCUGCUGUUAAAGAGGCCGGAGUCUUCGUUGUCCUAGGCUACAGCGAGCGUCACAAUGGCUCUCUCUAUAUCUCUCAGUCUUUCAUCGACGAGAACGGCGAUAUUGUCCACCAUCGCCGCAAGACCAAGCCGACUCACGUGGAACGUGCCUACUAUGGCGACGGUCAAGGUGACUCCCUUCAGAGCGUGGUGCCCUCUUCCUUCGGAAAGAUCGGCGGCCUGAACUGCUGGGAGCAUACGCAGCCCCUUCUUCGAUACUAUGAGUAUUCUCAAGGUGUCGACAUACACGUUGCCAGCUGGCCUCUCCUGUGGCCUUCCCACCGUGCAGACUGGCCCUACCAUAUCACACCUGAGGCUUGCCUGUCCUUUUCGCAGGUUCUCGGCAUGGAAGGGGCGUGCUUCGUCCUUGUUGCCACCCAAGUAUUAAGUGAGGAGAACAAAGAAAGGGUCGGCUGCAAGGACUUCGCCUACGCCCAAACACCUGGUGGAGGCUUCACCAUGAUCUAUUCACCGUUCGGCGAGUCGCUUGCGAAGCCAUUGGCUCCCCAUGAGGAGGGCAUUCUGUAUGCCGUGGUUGACAUGGACCAGAAGCUUUCGGCGAAGCAGAACUUGGACGUGGUUGGACAUUACUCCAGGCCCGACAUGUUGAGUCUGCGUGUCAAUGCUCAUCCCUCGAAGCCGGUCUUUUUUGCCAACGAUCUGUAA